AUGGACUUCCGAACUACAAAUCCCAAGAAGCGUGUCGUCAUAAUUUAUUUGGUCCACGGGAGAAGAAGAGACGAAGAAGAGACUAGAAAAAAAAAACACGAAGAAGAAGAACUUUACAACUUUGCAACCAUAGCAACGGCGUUUAUCCUCAAAACGAUUAGACAACAGGGCAUCAAUGAAGAAGACACCUCGGUGAGGAAGUUUCUCCACAGAGACACUGAGAUGUAUCGCAUGGACGUAGAGGUCAUGGUCACUUUCUCAGAUUUUUCCAAGAUGGAGCAAAUAUGCAGCGUCUUGCUGGAAAAGCUCGACAAGAGCGUGUGCGUGGGGAUGCCCCGGUUCUACCACAGUCCCGAAUGCAUGAGUCAAAUCAGGCUGCGUGCAUGUGUGUCAGCAGUUGAAAAUGCUCAGCAGAAAGCCAGCAAACUCAGUCAGCUCCUGGGGCAGAGUCUGGGACCCCCCAUGCUGGUUAGAGAGGAGGAAACCCAGGAGAGGACGCAUGAGGAGGAGGAGGAUGAGGAGGGUGGAGGCAGAGACAGAGAACAGGAUUCUCUACCCCUUCCUAACUUUCCCCACAAACCUACAGUCACUGCUUCCUCACAGGUGUCUGUCUUCUUCAGCUUCAGAGACGGAAACAGGAAAAACCUAUAAAAGACCCCGUACACCAUUGAGACUGUACAAAACAUUUUAUUGCAUCAAUUUGAUCCUUAAAAAGUAGUGCCAUUUUUUUUUUAAUGCCAUUCCUGUAAAUUUGACUUUUAAAA